AAAAUAUUUCAUGAAAGUAGAAAAAUGCGCGCGUUGUGGCUACGUCUUAAGGUCAAUAUCUAUUGCUGUGCAGGGACUUGAUGUACUUGAGAGAAACGAUCUUUACCGGCCUUCAACUUCCUCUUCCCGUAACUGGAUAUAAUGGCGUCUGGAACACUUUAUACGUACCCGGAAAACUUCAGAGCUUACAAGGUGCUCAUCGCAGCUCAAUAUUCCGGUGCCCAAAUCGAUAUCGCAUAUGAUUUCGUUUUCGGCGAAACAAAUAAAACUGAAGCAUUUUUAAAGAAGUUCCCACUGGGCAAGGUUCCAGCAUUUGAAACAUGCGAUGGAAAAUGUAUCACAGAAAGCAAUGCAAUUGCUUACUAUGUGGCUAAUGAUCAGUUAAGAGGCAAAACUGAUCUUGAACGUGCAGAAAUCAUCCAAUGGUUUGGAUUUGCAGAUUCUGAAAUCCUUCCUGCUAGUUGUGCAUGGGUGUUCCCAUUGCUUGGAAUUAUGCCGUAUCAUAAACAGAAUGUAGAACAUGCUAAGGACGAUGUGAAGAAAGCACUGACUGCCCUUAAUUCUCAUUUACUUACACGUACUUAUUUAGUUGGAGAACAAUUGACAUUAGCAGAUAUUAGUGUAGCUAUGACGUUACUUCAUUUAUACCAGUAUAUUCUGGACCCAAAUCUACGUAAACCGUACCAGAAUGUGAAUCGAUGGUUCCAAACUGUCAUACAUCAGCCUGAGUCAAUAGCUGUAAUUGGUCUCUUUAAAUUGGCUGAGAAAACUCUUGAGUAUGAUCCAAAGAAAUUUGCAGAAACUCAAGGAAAAUCUUCAAAGAAAGAGAAAAAGGAGAAGGAAAAGGAAAAGGAAAAAAAAGAAUCAAAAGAAACAAAAGAAUCUAAGAAGGAAGCCGUCGAAGAACUGGAUCCGGCAGAUGCUGCUUUGGCUGCUGAACCUGUAACCCGAAACCCUUUUGAUGCAUUACCUAAAGGCACUUUUGAUCUUGAUGAUUUUAAAAGAUUCUAUAGUAACGAAGACGAACAAGAGUCUGUACCUUACUUCUGGCAAAAGUUCGAUUCAGAACAUUAUAGUAUUUGGCUUGGUGAAUACAAAUAUAACAAUGAACUAACAAAGGUCUUCAUGUCCUGCAAUCUCAUAAGUGGAAUGUUUCAACGAUUAGACAAAAUGCGAAAAGCCGCAUUUGCGAGCGUCUGUCUUUUCGGUAUGGAAAAUGACAGUAGCAUUAGUGGUAUUUGGAUUUGGCGCGGACACGAUCUUGCUUUCACGUUGUGUCCAGACUGGCAGGUAGAUUACGAAUCAUACACUUGGACUAAAUUAGAUGCAACUAAAGAAGAAACAAAACAACUGGUUAAACAGUACCUCGUCUGGACCGGUACUGAUAAGGAGGGACGUAAAUUUAUUCAGGGAAAAAUUUUCAAGUAAAAAUUUGCCAUAUGCUUAUUAUUAAACAGAACACUUUGUUCGCAUGAAAUAAACGUAAAAAAUCUGAUAAAAUA